AUGUCAUCAAUCAAGGAUUAUGAUGAAGAAUCUCCUCAGCCUUUGCCAAUUGACACCAUUUUCAAGCUUCCUUUUUCAUUGCCCAAAUGGCCACAAGGUAGCGGCUUCGGGACGGGGGUGAUCGACCUCGGCGGACUCCAAAUCCAACAAAUAACAUCUUUCAACAAAAUUUGGGCCGCAAACUAUGGUGGGCCGGACAACCUCGGCGCCACAUUCUUCGAGCCCGCCUCCAUACCGGACGGGUUCUCGAUGCUCGGGCACUAUGCCCAGUCCAACAACCGACCGCUUUCCGGUUGGGUCAUUGUGGCUAAAACCGACGCGAGUGACGCAUUGGGGGAGAUCCUAAAACCACCCACCGACUACACCCUCCAAUCCACCGCUGACACCAAUGCCUACUUUUGGACACCAACGGCACCCGAUGGCUACAAACCCGUUGGCCUAUUCGUCACGACCACGCCCGAGAAGCCCCCACUCGACAAAAUCCGAUGCGUUCGGGCCGACUUCACAGAUGAGUUAGAGACCGAUGUUGGUAUUUGGAGCGGAGGUGACAAUGGGCCAACGGCAUAUUGGUUGAGGCCCAAAACAAGAGGAAGCAAGGCCCCGGCCCUCAGUGCCGGCACAUUCGUAGUUCUCAACGGCACCCAAGACCCGAAUGCCGCAAUGCCUAUAUCCUCUUUAAAGAACAAAAGCCCCACAUUUUGGAGCAUGCCGAACCUCGACCAAAUACAAGCAUUGUUCUCCACGUAUGCGCCUUAUAUUUACUUUCACCCCGACGAAAAUUACCUGCCCUCGUCCGUGAAUUGGUUUUUUACCAACGGGGCAUUGCUGUACACCAAGGGGAACGAGUCGAGCCCGGUCCCCAUCGCGCUGCCCGACGGCCCGAAUCUCCCUCCAGGCGGCCCGAACGAUGGCUCGUACUGGCUGGACCUACCGGCCGACAAACAAGCCCGGGAAAAAAUCGUGAGAGGGGAUCUGCAGACGGCGGAGGUCUAUCUCCACGUGAAAAACGUCCUAGGGGCGUCGUUCACCGAUGUCCAGGUGUGGGUGUUCUAUCCGUUCAACGGCAGGGCGACGGCGAGGCUCGGGCCGAUUAAGAGGAUCUCGUUGGGGCAAAUCGGCGAGCACGUGGGGGAUUGGGAGCACGUGACCCUGAGGAUCAGCAAUUUCGACGGGGCCCUCAGCAGGGUUUUCUUCGCGCAGCACGGCGGCGGGGAAUGGGUCGAUUCGUCCCUGCUCGAGUUUCCGAACGGCAACAAAUUCGCGGUGUACCCGUCCCUGAACGGGCACGCGAGCUACCACCGGGCCGGGCUGACCCUCCUCGGGAAUUGCGACGACGUCGGGAUCAGGGACGACGCGGCGAGGGGCGAAGCGUCGAUGGACACGGGGGCGAGGUUUGUGGUGGUGGCGGCGGAGGAGGUGGCGGCUCCGCCGUGGCUGGAAUACAGCAGGGAGUGGGGCCCAAAGGUGAGCUACGACAUCGCGGAAGAGCUGAAGAAGGUGGAGAAGGUACUGAUCGGGAGUUUGAAAUCCAAGUUCAAGAAAUUUGUGAGCUCGUUGCCUCAAGAGGUUUUGGGGGAGGAAGGGCCAACCGGGCCCAAGAUGAAGUCCAAUUGGGAAGGGGAUGAGAGCUAA